ACUGUGAGGAUUCUAACAUAGUGUGUCUUUCUAAGAACAAAAGAGUCUUAAAUGAGUCAUUUUCCCAAUUUACUGAAACUCCGCCAUGUACUUAUUGGUAAUUUCGACUUCUGCUUUUCGGGUUGUUUCAAAAUCCAUACCACGUCAAUAAAACAGGAAGGGGAAAAGGAACAGAGGACAAGAGAAAAUUGGACGGAGCACGUAAACGACUUAAUGUCAGAAGAAAAAAAAGGAAAUAAAUGAUUAGAGAAUAACUGAAAAACCAAAGUGCUUCUCAGAUCGGAAGAAACAGCAUGACCAGCUCGGUCCUGAAGCGAGAGGAAGAGAAGACUUUAGAGACAAAUCCAGAACACAUCCAGACAUUCCAUGAAGGUAUCUCCCGUACCAUUGACCAUAAGGAUGUGGUAUGAUGGAUCCUGUUUUCUCCGAGAGCUCCAUCUGUUUAAUUUGAUCUUCAUUCAGUCCUUACUGUGGAAGUGUAAUCAAGGUCAGCAGGUCGGGGGUUUUAGUAUACAGGUCGAACGUGAAGUCAUGGUACAGAGAGGACUUUGUGUGAACAUUCCUUGCACCUUCAUGGUUCCAGACAGUAGAAGACUAUCUGAAAGCGCCAAAGGACUCUGGUAUAAAGGAACUUCUUUUGAAUCAAGUUAUCUUGUUUCUUCGACAUAUGGUUCUCAGUCUCAGUUUGGAGGAAGGUUUAAGAUUACUGGAGAUGUGCCUAAAGGUAACUGCACCCUCAACAUCCAUGACGCAGAGUGGAGUGAUCAGUCAACGUAUUUCUUUAGGAUAGAAGAUGUAAAUGUGAAGUUUAGCUACUUCACUACCAUGCCAACCGUUAAUGUGAAAGAACUUACAGACAAGCCCCAAAUCUCUCCCUUGGGCAGUAUAACGGCCGACAGAAAGGUCACCCUGACCUGUACUAGUCCCGGCAGAUGCGCUGGGUCUCCUCCAAUCAUCACGUGGGAAGGAACAGAAGGAUUCAAUUCCGUAGUGGUUAAGGAUGGAUCAGUGGAUUAUCAAGAUGGCGGCAAGACUUACUACUCAAACAUCACAUUCACUCCAACCAGGAAAAGCGAUGGGUCACUGCUCACCUGUAGAGUGAGCUUCCCAAAAAGUGGAUCUACAACCAUUACAAGCAUCACUCUAAAUGUGCAUUAUAAUCCAGUGACCCCAGCUAACAAUAUAUUGGUAGGAAAAGAGGUCACAGCACAGGAGGGGCUCUGUGUUCACAUUCCCUGCACCUUCACCGUCCCUCGUGGUAAAGUCCUAUCUGAAAACACUCGAGGGUUCUGGUAUAAAGGAAGCGAUAUUCCUCCACGGGUUCUUGUCUCCUCAAAUGAUGGUCCUGAGGCUAAAACUAGAGGAAGGUUUCUAUUGACUGGAGACUUGAGUAAAGGCGACUGCUCCCUGACCAUCGAUAAUGUACAAUGGAGUGACCAGUCAACGUAUCUAUUCAGGGUAGAAGAUGGAGCGUUUAAAUUUAACUACUUGAAUACCUUGCCUAAAGUUACCGUGAAAGAACUUACCGAUAAGCCUGAAAUCUCUCCUGUGGAGUGUCUGAUGGCCGACAGAGAGGUCACCCUGACCUGUACCAGUCCUAGAACAUGCCCUGGGUCUCCUCCAAUUUUCGCGUGGGAAGGAAUAGAGCUACUGCAUAACGUAAAAAUUCAGCAAGGAUCUGUGGAUCAUCAAAAUCCAAACGAGACGUACUAUUCAAACAUCACAUUCUCUCCGACCGGGAAAAGUCAUGGGUUACGGCUCACCUGUAGGGUCAGUUACCCCAAAAAUGGCUCUACAAUCAAUGCAAGCAUCACAUUAAAUGUUACUUAUGACCCAAGAAAUCAGCAGAUCGGCAACAACAGCCCGACUGAUUGCAGGGUGGAUAUUAGACUGAUAGUUGGAAUCGUGGCGGGUAACGUUUUUAUUCUAAUCCUGAUGGGUCUAGGUCUCCUCUACUACAUCAAGAAAACCAAAGAAGGUAAAAUUAAGGAUAAAGCGCUAGGUGUAUUCUUUAAUCAGUGUCCUAGAACUUUAAGUUCAUAUAAAGAAAUCACAUGUAGGAAUCCAUCAUGUCUCUAUAAGCCCCGCCACUUAUUCCGCAGAGGAGCUACCAAACGCUAUUGGAGGCUUUUUGGUUAUAUAGGUGACUCUCGGAAUGUUGACGGUCAGUUAUCAGAAUACGACAUUUUGUUACCGCAGUCACCGGUUGAAGCCCAGAGGGGGCUGUGCGUCCACAUUCCGUGCUCUUUCACCGUACCGCACCAGCUAACUUCAGGGGCUACAGGAUACUGGUGUAAAGAUACCCUCUGCUCUGCAACCAGUGCCAUCGCUUCUAAAACCGGCAACGGUCCCAACACCAAUACCCGGUUCCUCCUGACGGGGGAUGUGAGUAAACGGGACUGCUCCCUCAGCAUCAACGACCUUAAAUACGGAGAUGGCGGAACCUACCAGUUCAGGAUACAAGAUUCAAUUAAGUAUAACUACAUGAAAACGAUCGAAGUUAAAGUGACAGAACUUACAGCUAAACCUGAAAUCUCUCCUGAGGGGGGACUGAUGGCCGACAGAGAGGUCACCCUGACCUGUUUCAGUCCCGGCAGAUGCGCUGGGUCUUCUCCAAACAUCACAUGGGAAGGAACAGAGCUUUUAAAUAAUGUAACAUUUCAGCCAGGAUCUGUGGAUUUUGGAGAAGGCAACAAGACGUUCUACUCAAACAUCACGUUCACCCCAACCAGGAAAAGCAACGACGUUCUGCUGACAUGUAGAGUGAGCUUCAGAAAUGGACCUUCAACCAACAGCCAAACCAGAUUAAACGUUCAGUAUGUUGACGGUCAGUCACCAGGAUUCGACAUUAUGUUACCGCAGUCACCGGUUGAAGCCCAGAGGGGGCUGUGCGUCCACAUUCCGUGCUCUUUCACCGUACCGGCCGAUGUACAGCUAACUUCAGUGGCUACAGGAUACUGGUGUAAAGAUACCACCUGCUCUGCAACCAAGGCCAUCGCUUCUAAAACCGGCAACGGUCCCAACACCAAUACCCGGUUCCUCCUGACGGGGGAUGUGAGUAAACGGGACUGCUCCCUCAGCAUCAACGACCUUCAAUCCGGAGAUGGCGGAACCUACCAGUUCAGGAUAGAAGAUUCAUCUGUGAGACUUAACUACGGGAAAACGAUCCAAGUUAAAGUGACAGAACUUACAGAUAAACCUGAAAUCUCGCCUGAGGGGGCACUGAUGGCCAGCAGAGAGGUCACCCUGACCUGUUUCAGUCCCGGCAGAUGCGCUGGGUCUUCUCCAGACAUCACAUGGGAAGGAACAGAGCUGUUAAAUAAUGUAACAUUUCAGCCAGGAUCUGUGGAUUAUGGAGAAGGCAACAAGACGUUCUACUCAAACAUCACGUUCACCCCGACCAUUAAAAACAACAACGUUUUGCUGUCAUGUAGAGUGAGCUUCAGAAAUGGACCUUCAACCAACAGCCAAACCAGAUUAAACGUUCAGUGUGCCUCAGGAAAUCAACAGAUCGACGAUAACGGCCCAACUGGCUGUGAUUGCGGUACGAGUAUCAACCUUAUAGCUGGAAUAGCCGCUGGUAGUGUAUUUAUCAAUAUCCUGAUCUGCACAGGAUGCCUUUUCUGCAGCAAGAAAAUGCAGAAGAGCAGAGAAAAAAAUAAACCGAUAGAGCUUCUCGGACUCAAAGACACAGCUGUGCGGCGCGAUGCGGCUGCAGAGGGUUUAUUACGGCUACUGGAUAGCAAAGAUAUUUCUCUCCGUAUUCUGGAAGGGUAUGUAAUGCUUAUAGGAAUGGGCUGGAGGAAUGGGCCGGGCGAUAUCGGGUGUGAUGGAGAUUAUCGCGACUACACCAUUACUCACCAACGAUAUGUCAGUGUGAAUGAAGGAGCUUGCGUGGUCAUCCCUUGUACCUUUACCAUUGACAGGACACAGAAACUUUCACCAAAUGUAGUUGGAUACUGGCUAUUCAGGAAAUACUGGUCUCAAACUUAUUGUUCUGCCACUGCAGUCUCUGGUAGUUAUAGUUUUUGCUCAGAGAAACGGCAUCGCAUCCACCUGAUCGGGAACCCGAGAGACAGAAACUGCUCCCUGAGAAUAAACGAUGCAUCUGAAAAGGAUACUGGGUAUUAUGCGUUCAGAUUGGAAGAUGGUGACUUUAAAUGGACAUAUUCCGAAAACCUGCAAGUUACUGUCAGCGGUGCGUCUUACAGGGAUGAAAACAAGUUUAUUCUCAAUGUCCAAGAACAGAUCACUGUGCCGGAGGGUCUGUGCGCCUUCAUCCCCUGCACGUUCACCAUAGACGGGACCCUUUCAUCAUCAUCAUCAUCCGUUGGAUACUGGAGGAAGCUGAGUAUAAACCCUAAUGGCUGCUAUGACAUCGUAGCUACUAAUAGUCAAUCAGAUGUCUUGGUCGAUAAUAACUUUCAACUGACCGGAAACCCAAGCCAAGGAAAUUGUUCCCUAACUAUAAAAAACAUAUCUAAAGAAGAUGCCGGACUGUAUCAAUUCAGGCUUGAGCAGCAGACAUUAAAAUGGUCUUAUAGGAACGAAUACCUUUAUCUACAUGUAACAGAUUUCACAGAGAGACCCAAGCUCUCCCUCCCUGAGGUUUUAGUUGCUGGCAAAGAGGUAACAGUGACUUGUGAGCCUCCUGGGAUUGAGAACUGCCCCGGGACGGCUCCGGUAAUCGCAUGGGAGAGAAAAGCAGGGAGAGGCAAAGGUGCAUCGGUUCCAGAUAUCACUUGCGGAAUGAUGAAAAGCAAAAUCUCUAAGUGCAAUUCAUCAAACAUCACCUUUACCCUGUCUGAGAGUGACCAUGGGGCAUCUAUAAUCUGCAUUACAACAUUUCCUGCUUUGGGUAAAUCUACCCAACAAUCCGUUACCCUAAAUGUUCAGUAUCCUCCAUCCAGUAUUUCUAUUGCAGGAAACUCUACAGGAAAUUAUACUGAAAACUGGGAGUUUGUGAUUGUGGAGAAAGACGAUAACGUUACCCUGAACUGCACAGCAAAAAGUAACCCACCUUCCGAUAUAACAUGGGAGAAAACGGAUGGAAAUGUUUCCAUAGAUGGGGCCAUAUUGCAAAUUCAUAAAAUAAAAGGCACGGAUGCCGGUACAUAUAUUUGCUCAGCACGAAAUCAACAUGGAAACACAAGCAGAGCUGUUACCGUCAGUGUGCGUUAUCCACCAACCAUCUCCAUCACAACUUCAGAAAAACAAAAUCAAACUUUGGAAUCUCUAAGUGUGAAGGAAGGAGAGUCCCUGACUCUGGUAUGUAGAGUGGACAGUAAUCCGACUUCGAAAGUGUCCUGGACCUGGAUGGGGGGAAUUGAAGGAUUAAAUCUCACCAUGAAUGAGAAUUACCUGGUCCUACAUUUGAUAAAUAUAACUCUCAAGAUGGCUGGCACGUUUAAUUUCUCAGCAUCAAAUAUCCUUGGAAGUAUCAAUAAAUCUAUAAACAUCAGUGUUCAACACUCUCUUGGAAGACGAGAACACAAUGAUCCUCAUGAUCAAGUUGACCUCAAUCAAAUCCGUGAUAUUAUAAUCAGUGCUUUCUGUGGACUCUUGUGUGGAUUGAGCAUUGCACUGUGUAUUACUUUUAAAGCAAACCUCGUUGCAAAAAUAAGUAAAAUGAAGAAGGAAGACGCACCAGCACACACAGGAGAAAAUUCUAAUGAUUUAUACAUGAAUAUCAGUUCGGUACAUCAGAAUCCGAGCACAAGUGUCGGAAAUAUAGCGGCAGAUGAGCCGACCGGUGUAAGCAGAGAUGCAGAAGACCUGCACUACGCCUCGGUAAAUUUCUCCAACCAAGAACCACGUCCCAGACAGAACACCCCAGAGACUCUUUAUUCGGAGAUAAAAAGGAAAAGCCUUAUGAAGAAUCCAUCUCACCUGUGAUUACUUUCUGUCUGUUGACUCUCUAAGAAUAAUCAACACGUAAUGUGUUUCGAGAUCUUUUGGCCAAAGGUCUUAGUCAAAGCUUUUGUAACCAGCAGAAGAAACAGUUUGAAUUCUUUAUGUUUUAAAGAUAAUUAUCUCUACAUAUUUAAUUUCUGCUUCUUAUGGUGACUUUUGAAGACUGCAUCUGGAGUAUAGAUAUCCCUACGUUCUGGAACUCUUACAUCAUUUCGUAUAC